AUAUUAUUCUUUUAGGGGCUACAUUAUUAUAGUAUCUAAUUUGUGUUUUCAUUCUGUAGUGUUAUCGGGACUUACCUAUUCUUGACGGGCACGUCGUACUUGCAGGAUAUAUGAGGUCAUUUGUAUCUAAAGUGUAUGCGUACUUGAUAGGAUAACACUGUGUCAUAUUGAUCAAUCGAGUGUUUCAGCAUUAUUAAGGUGCCCUUAGGCAUUCCUAUACUCCAGUCAAGGGAGAUAACUAUUCUUCUGAAUUUUUGUUACUCUCCAGUACUCAAGAUGGAUUGUAUUAUUGGUUUAAUCGGUGUUUUCUACUUCUUUGGAGUUAGUGCCAAUUCCUCUCAUAGUAAGGCUACGGUGGAUACAUCGUCCAAAGGAGUGGGUGGUAAAUUCUUUGGCAACAAGAAAUUAAUGAUAACAGUCGGUGUUAUACUGGCUUUAGUAAUUGUUAUCUGUGUUUCUAUUUACUACUGUAGCAAUGGUGGUGGUGGUGGUGGUGGUGGUAAAUCUGGUGGGUAUGCCGGUAUUGUCAUCGGUAUCCUUGCCAUAGGAGGCAUUUUGUGUUGGUUCUUCUGGAAGAAAAUACGGUGCUCAUUUAGCAAUAAAUUUGGGAGUUUGUUUGCGAAGAAGGCAGUUGAGAAUGUUGUCACAUCGUGAUGUGGUUGCAGUCAGAUUGGAUCGAUUCAACUGUUGUCAUAGGGGUAUAUCUAGUGUUAAAACAGGCGUUAAUUUUUUAUGGUCAUAGUAUGUCUGUAGUUUGUAGUUUACACGAAUGAGAUCUAUCAUUUGUAUAUUGAUAUGUUA